CUAUAGCUGACCCAGAGGCUAAUGAAAUCAGGCACCAUAAAUCUCAGGUGAAGAAAUUGUUAAGGAAUUAGACAAAAAGGAAAUCAGAGUAGAAGGCUAUCGCUCUGGACUCGGUCGAUGGUGCAUACCAGGGAAACGUUUCUCGAAAUACGGUAUUCUUAGUUCGAUACUAUACAGCAAAUUUGGCAGUUCCGUGAAUAUCAUGCCACCCGGAAGGACAUGUACCGCCUCUUGGAUGGUUCGAUCGAUGCGCCUAAGCUGGGCCGGAAUGGGUCCAUUCUUAUUAAUGACAGUAUCCAUCUCGUGGAUCUUUCUUAUAAGAUAUGAAGGGAGCAGCAUCGAGAUUCCUAUCUGGAUCCCGGAAUAGAUAAUUCUCUUGUAAAGCCCCGACGUGAGAAUGGCAAAUCUUCAUGGCAAAUCCACAAUGCGGGGCAAGUCGCGAACACGAGAUUACAUUCAGAUUCCGAGGCAGGGUUCGCGUUCGGGUUUGCGUUUGCGGGCCGAGUUCCCUUCGUCUGAUCCGGAGCAGCCGGUGCGGGACACGGGGAUUUAAAAUGAUGACUAGAGUUCGAGGCCGAAUUUUGUCGGGAUCGACUGCAAGUUCAGGACGGGCAGCGAGGCCGAAAAUGUUGGGGGAUAUAUAAAUAUAUAAAUAUAUAAAUAUAAAUAUGUAUAGAGGGAAAGGCUGUCAAUACAGGGGCGUCGGAUAAAGAAAAAACAGAGAGCUGCCUCCGAUUGCGGGCGGAAGAAGUGGGGCCGAAUAUGGGCGGGCCAGAAGUUUGGAUUCUUGUUCGCGAUUCGGUUUGGCGGCGACCCAUUACGUUCGAAUUGAACAUUCGUCGUGUCGGUCGGACGCGACAAAGCUGCGUGGAGCUCUUUCCGUGCACAGAGAUGCGUCUGGUGCUCCAUGCCCCCAGGAGGACCAGUGGUCCUGCUCCGGACACGGGCCUGUGCCGGAUCGGUCCCAUCGGGAAAUCUGCCCGUCGCCACCUCGUCAUCGGAAAACCUGCCCGUCGCCACCACGGCGAUGCCGAGCCUCGUUACGGGAAAACUGUAGCUCCGGGUGUUCAGAACUACGACUACGGAACGGGAAGGGAAGGGAAGGGGAGGGACGGAUCGACAUUCGUUUGCCACUACCGUGACGAAGAUUAUGGCCCAGAGCUACGAUGCGUGUACAACAUUCGAUUGGGAUCAUCAUUGAGAAUGUAAGGGCUCUUGAUCUCGGCGAUACCGUGAGUAUGUGCGCAAAAUAAAAUCCGCAGUCCGUAGUGGCAACUUCCAUCAUCCACGAUCGAGGUCUUUGAUUCAGACGCAGCUGCUGCUGCUACUGUGCCGGCCAGGGACGGCGAGAGACGAAGGGUGGGAAUGUUGCAUUUACACACAUCCUGCGCCUACAGUCCUCCGGCACCCGCAUACUUCGGCUUUAUGUUUGUGGAAGAUUUGAGGCUCAGAUGCAUCAGUGUUCAAGGAGUUCCGGCUUCCGGAGGCAGGACGCAUCUCUGAGCCUUUCCGGGUCUGUGGGUCGAAGGACCAGCCGGACCAUGACAGCAACUGAAUUUGGUAGAUCUGUUCUAUGGUAAGAGGGUACCCACGAUCAAAUCGAGCCCUCCUCCUUUCUCCGCGCACUUGCAGAGUUGAGGACGGCAGAGAAUGUUGCAAUCAGGACUAUACGCACAAUAGUGGAUCACAAGUUUCUAUGUGAGGCCAUUCCUAGUUGCAGUCAAAGAGCCUCAAGAGGAGUUAUGGGAGAGGAGAAUAUUCAGAGAUUCGUGUCGAGGUUUUGCGUCUUAUGGAUUGAAUGACUGCAAGUUGGAGUACCCACGUUGCAAUCCAUUUAUUCAUUCCGGCCUUGGACAGGUCAUCGAUAUGGGACAAGAGUUUGAUGUGAGUGUCACUCUGUGUGCAGUGGGCAGCAAUGUUCCCCUCGGUGCUCGUUUGGCUCUCUCACAUUGGACCCAUCUCUGGUUAGUUAGUUAGUGAACGCAAACCAAGAUGAGAACAACAGAUACAUGAUCAUGCAUGAUAGAACGCAUUCACUUGCUUUGACGCAUUGCCAACUUUUUGAGAUUGAAUAGGAAUAUGCAAUAAAUCCUCGAACUGUACACGUCAGGUUGAUGAACGAGAGAUUUAGUCUAACUGGAGCAGAAGUCAAGGGCUCCAAAGAUCGAUUCUCAUUAUGAGGGUGUGGAACUGAUAGCAGCACAUGUUUACAGUGCAAAACACGACACAUGGAUUCAGUUGUUGGUAUGCCAUCUUGCAACCAUUAGAGGAUGAAGGUAUGAGUCUUUAUGCAAACGAUCGCAAGUCUUCCUUGUGACUUGUGAUCCGCCUCUUUCGCUUUAUGAAAUUGCCCCACCCUCGACAACUCCCCAAGUGGUUUGCCUCGUGAUCCUACACCUGAAUAAUAGAGCUAAUGUUAAUCACUGGACUCGAAGCUCUUGAGUUGCACUAGAUUGCCUGGACUCUCUUCUG